CAGCAAUGCCAGCAAUUCUCAUGAAGAAGCUGGCACCAUGGAAAACAGGGAACAUACUACUGGUGGCUGAGGUGGAGUGGGGGGCUGCCUGUGUCCCCUCCCCGCCGUCCCUGGCCGACCGUAUUCUGGCUCUGAGGAGUGCUUGGCUCCACCUUCCACCCUUCCCUCCCCCGGUGCUAAGCAGCAAAGCCAGCUAGAGACAUCCAGCCGGGGUAUUAGUAAAAACCAAGCCUCCCUCCAGGAAUGGCACUCGCCUGAGAGCCUCCCCGUGCUGCGCGCCCCGACACCGCUGGGGCUGGGAGAGAGAACAGGGGGGCUAUUGGGAUACAAAUCACAGCCCUCGCAGGAUUUGCCCGGCACACCGGCCAGCAAUUGAGAAGAAGGACAGUGAGAAGGAAGAGGGAAGGCUUGAGAGCAACGAUGGCUGAUGACCAAGACCUUUCAGAGGUGGAGAUGAGCCCAGUGGGCUCUGAAGACCACCACUGCCUGUCCCCAGGACCCUCCAUGGCAUCAGACAACUCCCCGCACCUCACUGGCUCUGGGAAUGGGGAGAUGGGGAAGGUGAAGAAGGAACAGCAAGACUCGGAGGCGGAUGAUGACAAGUUCCCGGUGUGCAUCCGCGAGGCAGUCAGCCAGGUGCUGAGCGGCUAUGACUGGACCCUGGUUCCCAUGCCCGUCCGGGUCAAUGGAAGUAACAAGAGCAAACCCCAUGUCAAGCGGCCCAUGAAUGCCUUCAUGGUCUGGGCACAGGCUGCCCGGAGGAAAUUGGCUGACCAGUACCCGCACCUGCACAACGCCGAGCUCAGUAAGACCUUGGGGAAGCUCUGGAGGUUGUUGAACGAAAGCGACAAGCGGCCCUUUAUCGAAGAGGCAGAGCGGUUGAGGAUGCAGCACAAGAAGGACCAUCCUGAUUACAAGUACCAGCCCCGCCGGCGGAAAAAUGGCAAGGCCACACAGGGCGAGGGUGAAGGCCAGGUAGAGGGCGACGCUGGUGGGGCUGCUGCCAUCCAGGCCCACUACAAGAGCGCCCACCUGGAUCACAGGCAUCCUGGAGAAGGGUCACCCAUGUCUGACGGUCAUCCAGAACACUCCUCAGGUCAGAGCCAUGGGCCCCCCACACCUCCUACCACCCCUAAGACCGAGAUGCAGGCAGGCAAAGCCGAUUCCAAACGAGAAGGGCGUUCGCUGGGGGAAGGAGGAAAGCCACACAUCGACUUUGGCAAUGUGGACAUUGGGGAGAUCAGUCACGAGGUGAUGUCCAACAUGGAGACCUUUGAUGUCAAUGAAUUUGACCAAUACCUGCCGCCCAACGGACACGCCGGCCACCCAGGCCACGUCGGAGGCUAUGCGGCAGCGGCCGCUGCUGGCUAUGGGCUUGGGAGCGCCCUGGCUGCAGCCAGCGGACACUCUGCCUGGAUCUCCAAGCAGCAUGGAGUCUCCUUGUCCACUGCCACCUCAUCGGUGGUGGACUCAAAGGCCCAGGUGAAAACGGAGGGGUCCACCCCUGGAAGCCAUUACACUGACCAGCCCUCCACCUCCCAGAUUGCCUACACAUCCUUGAGUCUGCCCCACUACGGCUCGGCCUUCCCCUCCAUCUCCAGGCCACAGUUUGACUACCCGGACCACCAGCCCUCGGGACCCUACUACAGCCAUUCCACCCAAGCCUCUGGCCUCUACUCUGCCUUCUCCUAUAUGGGACCUUCCCAACGUCCCCUUUACACUGCCAUCUCUGACCCUGCACCCUCCGUGCCACAGUCUCAUAGCCCCACACACUGGGAACAGCCCGUGUACACAACUCUCUCCAGACCGUAGGGAAUGGGGAACAGUGACCAAAGCAGCGAUGGAAAGGCUCCCAAGAAUCAGCACAGGCAGAAGAGCCUCCGAACUCCAAGGUCACUCAGUGCCAUCCAGCCACCAGAACCUACCAAGUAUAAAGAAGUGCCUUUCUUGAUCCCAGCUGUCGCUGGCACACCCACCUAGAGGAAGGUUUAUCGUCCUUUCACCCUUUACCAAUUUCACACAGGCCACUUGACUGGCUUGCGAUGCCUUAUUGGCCUUCUAGAUGAGGAGGAUUCUAGACAUGGAGUGACUGGUCUAUGGUGGGUUUUGUUGUGCACACCCUGGACUGUAUGAUGAGAGAGACUGUCCUUUCCUUCCCCUCCCACACUGCUCCAGGGAGUUUGCAAGUGUUUCCAACAGGCCACAAUGGCCAACAGGUGUCACCUGCUGUGGGUGUAGGGUGGUGGCUCAGCCUCAGCAGAUGUGUCAUGGGAGGAGCAGUAGGGAGGUGGCAUGGCCGGCUUCCAUGCAAUCAGCGUCGUGCAGCAGUCCUGCCUAAGAUUCACAAACGCAAGAAUCUCGAACCCCUUGGAAGACCAACCUACGCUUGCUUCCCUGCCAAUUUCCACGGCUGCACUCUAGCUUUUCUCCCCACCUCCUCCCUCCAUCUUGUCUCUGUUUAAUCCCACACUCUUCCCAGCAUGGAGAAUUGAAGGCUUGCCUGAACAGUACAUGGGAUUUGGGAACAGCAUGGUCAGUCUUAGCAUUACUCGUAUCACAGCCUGUGUGCACACACAUGUUCAUGUAUGAAGGUGGAGGAGAGGUGGGAAAGGACCAAUGAAUCAUUACGGUGCUAUGGGUGAAUCCUCCUUUUUUAAAAUUCCUCUGUAUCAUUCAUUUGUGUCUGGCAUUUCUGGCCUCUCAGUCUCUUCUAAUCUCUUCAGAACCCCAAACAACCUCUGAGCAAACUUGGUCCUUGCUCUUCCAUGUCUGAUGGUGCUUGCAUGAAAUGAAGAAGCACCAAGAAAGCUACAAUGCACUUGCCAACACCCUGAGUUAAUUCCAGUACUCUGAGGUCCCACUCCAAACCAAGGCUGAACUCAUUCGUUCAUCAUGUCUCCCAGUCAGCCAAAACCUCCCUCCCAUCUAUGCUGAGAAUGGAAAGAUACUCCUGUGGCUUUAAGCAAGGUAGACACAGACCCAAUCUUGGAUGAUGAAAGAAAGAACCCUAUUUGGGUGCAAAGUAAUCUUCUUUGCCUUUGGGUUUCAAACUGGAAGCAACCAGCUCUUAGAGAUCAACCUCUUUUUUCAGCCCAACAUCUGAGGACAGUCUGCUUCUCCUUUGUCACCUCCAAGACUGGGGUAUUUUGCCAGGCCAGGGAGUGAACUGGCACAAAAAUUGCCACAGGAAAAGAUGAUUCCUGGCAGCUGAUUGCAGAGACAUGCUGUGGGACUUCCCAAUGCAUAUUCCAGUCUAGAAAGAGACUUUAACCAAAUGUGGACUGUGAUGGGUGCUGCUGUAUCCCUCUGCUGAUAUGACUGUCAGAUGCCCUUCCUGCCUCCCUUAGCUACAGAAAACUUCUCCUUGUGGUGUCUGAAAAGAUCAUGUAGAAUGUUUGCUCCCUGUACGCAUGUAACCUCUUCCAGCCCUGUCCCCUUAUUUAUGCAAGUAGCACCUUCCUCCCCUACCUCCCUUUCCUCAGUCUCUGUGCCAUCCUAGCACCAUUAACUCUGCAUUAAACAUAAGGAAUAAUAAACUUAAAAGUUUCAUUUUCA